GCGACCCGGGUUCCACGCAGGCGCAGAGCGGUGCAGGGCCGCUGCGGCCGCUCCCUGGCUGGCAGUGCUCGCUAAGAUGGCGGAUUUCCUGCCGUCGCGGUCCUCGCUGUCGGGUUGCUUCCCCGGCUGCAUGCUCAACAGCACCGAGGCCGAGCAGCAACGGCGGUCUAAAGAGAUCGAUAAGUGCCUGUACCGCGAGAAGACCUACGUCAAGCGGCUCGUCAAGAUCCUUUUGCUGGGCGCGGGCGAAAGCGGCAAGAGUACGUUCCUCAAGCAGAUGCGCAUCAUUCACGGGCAGGACUGGGACCGGUCAGCCCGGGAGGAAUUCCGCGCCACCAUCUACAGCAACGUCAUCAAGGGUGUUAGAGUCCUUGUGGAUGCUCGUGAGAAACUUCAUAUUCCAUGGGGAAAUCCUGCUAAUCAAAUAAAUGGCAACAAGAUGAUGGCCUUUGAUACCCGUUCAGAAGUGGUGCAAGGGAUGGUGCAAACCUAUACUUUCUUACAAUACCUUCCAACAGUGAGAGCUUUGUGGACCGACAGUGGUAUCCAGCAUGCUUAUGACAGACGCAGAGAAUUUCAGUUGGGAGAAUCAAUAAAAUAUUUUCUGGACAAUUUGGAUAAACUUGGAGAUCCAGAUUAUCUUCCCUCUCAGCAAGAUAUUCUGCUAGCACGAAGACCUACAAAAGGAAUACAUGAGUACGAUUUUGAAAUUAAAAAUGUUCCCUUCAAGAUGGUUGAUGUAGGUGGCCAGAGGUCAGAAAGAAAACGUUGGUUUGAGUGCUUUGAUAGUGUCACUUCAAUACUAUUCCUAGUUUCAUCAAGUGAGUUUGAUCAGGUACUUAUGGAAGACCGGCUAACAAAUCGCCUUACGGAAUCUUUGAACAUUUUUGAAACUAUAGUUAACAAUCGGGUUUUCAGCAAUGUGUCCAUCAUUCUCUUUCUAAACAAGACAGACUUGCUUGAGGAAAAAGUGCAAAAAGUGAGCAUCAAAGACUAUUUCCCAGAAUUUGAAGGGGACCCUCACAACUUAACAGAUGUCCAAAAAUUCCUGGUGGAUUGUUUUCGUACCAAACGCCGGGACCAGCAACAGAAGCCCUUAUACCACCAUUUCACCACUGCUAUUAAUACAGAAAAUAUUCGUCUGGUAUUCCGUGAUGUCAAAGAUACCAUCCUUCAUGACAACCUCAAACAGCUCAUGCUACAGUGAUGUUGAAAAGACUGAUUUGUGUUACUAGUUUACAGCAGGAGUUUAAAAAGUAAACCUGGUCUUGUCAAGACCUCAUGAUGUGUGGGUAAAAACUGCUGCUGUUCUGAUUGCCAAUUUCUCUUAAAAUCAAAAUCUCUUCCUGUUCAUUAUUUUUGAAUCAGUUUUAACUUUUAAUAGACUUUUUUUAAAGCUAACUCAAGGUUUUAAAUUAUUCUGCCUUUUUCAACUAUAAAGCCUAAACUAUUAACUUGUAGAUAUGUGCUUGAAAGAAAUUAUUUGGAAACAUGCAAAGUUCUUUCAACUGGUUGGAUUUUAAGAGAGCUAUUGAAGAGUUUUCCUGACUUAGACAACCACCACCAAUUGUUUCAUAUGGUAAAUGGCUUUGCUUUGUCAAAUAAUUAACCUAUAUUUCAAGUUUACAAUGCACUUCUUCCAUAUUAAUAAAAAGUGCUUUUAGAUGGUACCAGGAAAAAAAAAGAAGAUUGCCACUGAAUCAUGAAAUCAAAAUGAAUCAUACAUAGGAAUUCUUGGUCUUGAUUGGUUUUUGCUAGAUCAUACAAUUUGACAAAACCUCAUUAUUUUACAAUUUGGGCAUCAGUUAACUUAAACUAAAAAGAGAAUUCUUCUCAGUUGCCAUGAAUAAACCAUUGUCUGCGAACACUCUUUUUUCCUUUUACUAAGAUAUUGCGAAUUGGAUUAAUGGUGGAAGCCAAGCACAAAUUUGUUUUUCCCAAACAGUAAUUCAGUUUAUAGAUGUCAAAUGUAGCUUAUUAAAGAAGGCUAACACGAGUAUAUACAACUGUAGUUGACAGAAGUAGCCAUUAUAUUAGCCAAAAAACCCUAAAAUUGAAUUAAAGUGUAAAGCAGCUGAGUGAUAUUAGACAAAUGAUACAUUAAAAAUGGUAAAAUUAAAAAAUAUUCCAUCUUCUGACUCAGUUACACAUUUUGAAGACUUAAUUUUGCAAUGAAAUAAUAAAAAUAAUAGCUUUGUUGAUGCUUUAAUACUGGUCAAAGCCAGUGUCACCUGUAAUUCUGAAUAUCUUUAAUUAUAUUUUUAUCCUAGGUUCCAUCAUAUUGAGCUUUAAAGAGGAUAUUUACAAAAGGGAUUGACACUUGGGUUCUAAUGUUUAAUGCAAUAAAUAUAUUUGCUUUGCUUAAGAACAAAAACAAUUAGCAAAUUUCCCUUCUUUGUUUCAUUUGUUGCACAGGCCAAAUUUAGUCAUUGUUCUAAAAGAAACCCAAUUAUCCUGUAGUUUUUGUAAAAAGUUUUUUAUAUUUUUGAGAAAAAAUACAUUUUUGCCAUUCAUCAGACUAGGAAAAUUAAGUUUGUAUGCUAAUUGAAUGCUUUAACAGCAAUUGGCCUAGUCCAGUGCCAAUAAAUGGUUAAUUGAUGCAGUAUCUUAUAAUCUAAAGUGCCUCUUGGGUUGUUUUUUUUUUAAACUAAUAGUGGCCUUACAGUGAACACCAGUUUAGCUGGUUGGAGAAAAGACAACAGAGUGCAAAUAAAUGAUAAUUGCAUUUUUGCUAGAGCACAAAGCCAACAUACAGAACCUUCAGGAUUCUAGGGUGAAACAAAAGGGAAUGUCAUUUUCUCUAUACUGGUAUUUUAGAAUACUACCAACACUGUUAAAAAGAGGGAAGUGAAUGGUAAAUAAAACUAUAUAUACAAAAAUGAAACACCAAUUUUAACAACUCUGCUGACAAGUAUUGUUUAGACUAUCCAUUUUCUUCCAGAAAAAUGACUUAGAGGAUAGUGAGGAAAUUUGUUAAUAUUUUAUUCUGGAAAUGUGCAACUGUGGAAAAUUAAAGCAACUUAAGUGAUCAUUAUAAAUCUCAACAUAUUUCAUGCAUAUGGGCUUACAUGUAUUUUAAGUAGCUCUAAGAGACUACAACUUCAAUGAUAGGAGAUGGUGGUUUUUCCCUUCUUACACAGACCUGCUUCUCUCAGUCAUAUGUACAGAAUUUGAGAGUGGCAGAAUUGGUAGGAAAAGUAACCCAGAGUUAUUUAAGUAGUUCUUUUCCCAUGCAUUUCUCCCCUUAAUUUGUCAUGGACUUUUUUGAUUUUUAAAAAAGAAUUCUGGGGAGGAUAAACUAUGUUGUGCCAAUUUUGGAUAAGUGAAAUGCUGUACCAAAAUUUUUGGUGAGAGAGAUUGAAUCACUGUUGCAAUAGUUAAAUCACUAGCUCACAAACCUGAGGAUCCUCUAGUUCAGGGGUGUCGAACUGGCAGCCCGUGGGCUGGAUGUGUCACAUGCAGGCCACGCCCACCCAACCUCC